UCUUCACACUCUCUCCGUUCGCUAAACAAAAUUAAAGAAGCGCUAACGAUAUGAACGAAAUGUUAGCCGGCGGGAUCCGCCACUACCCCGUCGUCUACAGCGACGGAGAGAGAGAAGUCAACGUCGGAACAGUCUCCGUUGACCCGGCCGAAAUCUCCUUCAAGCGCCUGCUUCGCCACCUCAGCAACAAGGUCGGUAUUCCGUCGGAAGAUCUCAUCGUCUACCUCUCCUCCGCCGACAGCGGCCGGAAAGUUCUUCUCUUCGAAAAGCUCGAUCUCUCCCUCGUCUUACCUAGCGACCGCUCCGGCGAGCAUUACUUCCACGUCGUCAAGCGCCUCACGAAAGGCUCAGCAAAGAAGAACGCGGCGAGCGUCGUCAAGAAGAAACGGCGGGUGGAUCCAGUUCGCGCCGCCAUGGAAGCACUCCAGGAGUUACGUGUAAGGGCGAUUUCAGCGAAGGCGCCUCUGUACAUGGAGGAAGAGUUGGAGGAAGAGUUGAGGAAGAGGGAUCUUUUCAUUGAAAAGAGAGGUUUAUUGACGAACAUGGCGAUCAACGACAACGUGAAAAUUCCGAAGAAAGAAUCCAAUGGUUGCGCCGUGGAGAGAAGCGACGGUGCUCGCGAAGGAAGAGGAAUCUUGAAGAUUUGCAGAGUGUGUCAAAGAGCAAGGAUGACAGGAAUCGGCGAUGGCGGUUUUCAUCCUUGCGUAUACGACAAGAUAAUUCAAGGGUUCCGCCAGUCACGGUGGGGACCGAUUUCUCCGUCGCCGGUAAGGAAUUUUGACAAAGAUCUCUUUGAUGAAGAUUUUCUUUCAUCUGUUAUGGAAUUGGAGAAACUUAUCAGAAAAGAAAUGAAAGAAAUGAAAGAAAUGAGCAGUGAUCUUAUGCGGUGUGACAUACUGUAAGGUAAAUAAAAAUGUAAAAACUAUAAAGGUCUGUGGUAACCAUAGAGAUGAACAUAGUCAAAUAUAAUCGCUUAUAUAUAUAUAGAUAGUUUUGUCAAUGUAGUUUAUGUUAUGAUAAUGUGGAUGUUAGAAAGAGAGUGUUUCAAUUUGUUAAUUAGGGUUGUUUUACGUGGAGAUUAUAGAUUUUUAGGGUUUUGUUUUUAGGUUUCUUUCAAUGUGAGAUAGAGAUUGGAACUUUGAAAUUUGGGUUAGAUUGAUUUGGUGAUGAAUUGUUU